AUUAGUGUUUGAGUCAAAUUGGGAAGAAAGGGAAGAAUGUUACUGUGUUUGAGCUUGAAAGAUAGAUAGGAAUAGAAAUAGGCACUUAUUAUUGGCCCUGCAAGUUAUGGCAUCACUUUCAUAGAAUUCCCUUUCAUGAAAAGGAGUUGAGAGAGAUGAGGAAAUAGGGACAGAGUGGGUUUAUGUGGAGAGAACCCAUUGCCAACCCACCCGACCAUGGCACUCCCGUGAGAAAGACAAAAGGGGAAAAAAAUAAAAGCCUCUUACCCUACGCACUUACCUCUUUCUUAUCCUACACCCCCCCAUAAUUCCAUUUCAUUUCCCAGUAUCCCCAAUUUCCAAGGGGACCCCCCUCCCAUCCCUGCAAUUCUUGCUAUGUUCUCCAGUUAAACUGUAACCAAAGUUUGGUGAUAAAACGUUAAAUGCACAUUGAGACAGUUUCCGCUAGUUUCUCUCAUCCAUCACAACUAAUGUUGUUUUCCCUCUCCAUAUUCUUCUUGCCGUGUCCUGAUCUUGUUGGAUUCAGGAUAUUUUUUAUGACAAAAACAUACCCACUUGCGUUUACCACACACGAUUCUCAAAUUUGUUCUCUAACAGAUCAGAGUCUCUGUAAAGAUAUUUAUUGCAGAGGAAAGGAUCUUCUUUCUGGAUAAUCUGUGCUGUUCAUUUAUUCCAUUGAUUGCCAAAGCUGCUAUAUCUAGCCGAGUUUCAUGAACACUAAGAUCAAUGUGGUCUAACUGUGAUAGAGUGGAUGGAUGUACAUGAAUCAGAUCAAGCAUUACGGAAACUCCGAGCUGUGGAGACUCGAAGACAACCCUUGGUUCUAGCUGAAAAGUUCAAUGCACUCGCUACCAGGCUUCCAGCAACAAGGGAAGUUAGUUCAAGGUAUAAAUCACCUUCUCCAGCAUCCCCAACUUCUACUCCCCGGCGAUGCCCAUCUCCAACCCUCUCAAGAACUACUCCUGCAUCACCCAAACCGUUACCAAAGAGGCCUGUCUCAGCAGAGAGGAAGAGGCCGACUACUCCCUCUUCCCCACGCAGUCCUUCCACACCGGUCAGUGACUCAUCUGUAGAUGUACAUUUAUCAUCCAGACAGGCAGCUGGUAGCCGUUUUCCAGAGACCCUAUGGCCUUCUACAAUGCGAAGCUUGAGUGUUUCUUUCCAGUCUGAUACCAUUUCGAUACCUGUCAGCAAGAAAGAAAAAGAGAAGCCGGUUACUAGCCCUUCUGAUCGUACAUUGAGGCCUGCUUCCAAUGUGGCUCACAAGAAGGCUGAAACUCCUCGAAAGGCUACUCCUGAGAGAAUUAGGAGCCCUCUUAAAGGGAAGAAUACCACUGAUCAAUCAGAGAAUUCAAAACCAGUUGAUGGUCUGCAUUCUCGAUUGAUAGAUCAGCAUCGGUGGCCAAGUAGAGUAGGUGGGAAGGUAUUGCCUAGUUCAUUAAACCGAAAUAUAGAUCAUGCUGAUACCACGAUAAGAAAGUUGAGCACUCCAAUUUCAGAAACUGGUGUAUCAUCGCUGAGAAGAUUGUCUUUAUCGAGUGAAGUUUCGGCCUCGGGAACUAGCAUGCCUUCGCUGAGAAGAUUGUCUCUACCAGGCGAAACAAGUAAGCCCGUGCAAAAAGGUUCUAAUGAUGCUGGAAGGCUGUCAUUGCUUGGUGAAAGCGGAAGGACAGGAAGCCAGAUGAAAUCAACUGAUGACCGCCUCCAGUUAUUAAGAUCACUUAGACCCGUUUCUACAACUCCGGCAGAUAAAACAGGAUUGUCAACUGCUGGAGUCAGAUCUCUGUCCUUGUCGCGUCCUGCCUCACCCGUUAAGACAUCGGUGAUAUCCUCUCCUGGUUCAAGAGGUCUCAGUCCAUCUCGGUCGAGGCCAUCAACUCCUGUAACUCCUUUUUCUAGAGGGCUUAGUCCAUCUCAAAUUAGGCCAAACAGUCCUACCAGUCCAUCUGACAAUUCAACUUCAGUUAUGAGCUUUAUUGCUGAUUUUAAAAAAGGGAAAAAGAGUGCAGCCUUCAUAGAAGAUGCUCACCAGUUACGACUUAUGUACAACAGAUACCUGCAAUGGAGAUUUGUCAAUGCAAGAGCAGAGGAUGCACUUUACAUCCAAAAUUUAACUGUGGAGAGAACUUUGUAUGAUGUAUGGAGCACUACUUUGUCUAUGUGGGAAUCAAUUAUUAGGAAGAGGAUCAAUCUCCAGCAGCUGCGGCUCGAGCUCAAGCUGAAUUCUAUUUUGAAUGAUCAAAUGACCUACCUUGAUGAUUGGGCUGCACUUGAAAGUGAUCACGUUGAUGCUGUAUCUGGGGCUAUAGAAGACUUCGAGGCAAGCACUCUUCGUCUUCCAGUGACUGGAGGGGCAAAGGCAGAUAUUGAGCAUUUGAAAGUUGCUAUCUGUUCAGCUGUUGAUGUCAUGCAAGCAAUGGGAUCUGCAAUAUGCCCUUCGCUUUCACGGGUGGAGGCCAUGAAUAAUUUAAUUUCUGAAGUUGCUAUCGUAUCAGCACAGGAAAAGGCCUUGCUUGAUGAAUGCGAAGCGCUACUAACAUUUGCAGCAGCUAUGCAGGUUGAGGAAAAUAGCCUUCGGACGCAUCUCAUGCAAAUCAAGCAAGUUUUAGAGGUGAAUAAGUAACAAAUGCUGGAAUUUAAACAAGCAUUAGCUUGACCUACUUCUAAGCUAACAACACUUCUUGGUUCUUGCGGCUGCAGCCAAAUAGUAUAAGUAUAUCUAAUAUAUUAUAUAAUUAUUUCAGGUUAUUUACCCUUGUAAAUUAUUUUUGUUAUGUUUAAAUAGGCUCCUUCCCUUUUUUGUCUCACUCAAAUAUGUUGGAAUUCAUAUUGUUCCAUUAUUAUCUUCCUCUCCUUUCUUUAGUCAACACUGGCGACCAAGCCUUCCACUUGUAAUUUUGUAUCAGGACAAAUGAGAAAGAAAAUGCAAAGCAAAAGAGUUAUAUUGAGUUCAA